AUGAAAAAUCAAAAGUAGCCUCCAAUUAGGAAAAGUGCAAUUAAUACUCCAAGCAAUUAAUCGGUGUAUGCUUCUAGAAAGAAUACAUAGAUGAUCAAUUAAGCUGUUACUAAAGAGGAAAUUGUAUCACCAUAGAAAUAGAGUCAAUUCUUUUAAGCUUAAUAAGCUGAAAAAAAUUAGUAGAGUGAGUAGUUACAGAAAGCAAAUACUCAUUCAAGCAGCAGGAUAGAAUAUAUUUAAAAUACAAAUAGUAGUUUGAAUAAUUUCGGACCAUAAAAUGAUAGAACACCUGAGCACUAAAAUAGUAUUUCUAACUUAGAGGAUUAUAAUUAGCAAAUUAACUCAUAGUAUUAUAAUCCAUAGCAAAAUAAUACCUCUGAUCAGCAAGGAAAAAAGGUGCUGAAAACAAUAAGAUCAGAAGCUAAGAUGUUUGAAGUAGCUUAGGGAAAUGUUUAAAAUAUUGAUUUCAAUUACACAAUUGUCGAUAAUUUAAUUGCUAAAAGAGGGUUUGCAUAAGAAAAAAUGGUACCUAUGGAAUUAUUCUAAGAAACAAUGCAAUAUUUUGAACGUAGAUUAACAGGUAUUGAGCAGAGGAUUGAAGAUAAUGAACAAUUAAUCCAUUUGAGUGAUAGAUUGCUGGAGUUGAGAUCAUUCAAUCCAAACUCUAGUAUCAGCUCUUCUUCGGGAGUUAAGGAUAGAUAUAGCUAACAAAUUUCUUAUUAUUAAGGAUCUCAAAUGAGCCCUACAGGAUUUUCUGGUCUUAAUUCUAAUCAGGGCAUGAAUAAUGGAUUGAAUAGAGCAGGAACAGGCGAUUUUAUGACUUCAACAUUUGGAAGUGCUUAAACUCAAAAAAACAGCGGUUAUCCAGGAGUUGGAAAUAGUGCACCGCCUAAAUAAACUGAAAGUAGGUAUGAAGGAACUGAUUUAAAUAAUUAAUAAAUUAUGAAUAACACAACAAUAAUGAUGGAUUUGAAUACCAAAGUUGCUUUAAUUGAAAAAAAGCUUACACAAUUCGAAGAUUUUAACAAAAGCAUAUUAACAGAUAUUGACAAAAAAUUUGCUGAUUACAGUAAAAAGUUUAAUACAUAAAUUGACAAAUUCUUCAAAAAUGCUGCCUAAAAAUUUGAGUCGUACGGUGAAAAAGAACAAAAGAUAAAUAUUUUUUAGGAAACGAUACAACAAAAAAUAGAUUUAAUGAAUUAAACAUUUUCCCUAAAGCAAGAAGAAUUAGUUGUAAAUAAAGAAGAAUUGAAUGACAAUAUCAAAACAUUAAGUGCCCUAAUUAGUAAAUUAGAAAAUAGAAUUAAUGAGCAUUCUAUUGAUAUUGAAGAAAAUAAAACACUUAUUAAAGGAAUUGAAGAUGAUCUAUUUAUAAUGCUUUAAAACUAUAAAGAUUUAUCUGAAGGAGUGCAAAAAUAUAGAAACUUCUCAGAUGAAAUUUCAUAUCUAAAGUAAAAUAUGACAAAUAUCCUUAAAAAUACUAACAUAAGUCCAAUUCAUUUAUUCAAAAAUUGA